AUGACAAAUCAGGGGGAAGAUCUGACUGAUAUUAAAUUGGAGAAUGGAGAAGAACGGAUGAUGGGCGAUCCCCAGUGUAAAAGUGAGGUGGAGGAGGACAUUCCAGUCCAUAUGACCACAGAAAAUCCCUGUGAGAAGCCUGAAGGAAACAUCAUCAUGUUAUCUCUAGAUUAUAAAAAAGAUGAAGAUACCAGGCAGCGCUCUUCAGAAGAAAACUUCAUUACCUGUAAUGUACAUCCAGGACUUCACAAUGCAGAGCCAUCAAAUAAUUCCCCCAAGAAUGAGGAACUUUCUAAUGACCAAUCACAGAUUAUCAACCCAAGUCCAAAUCUAUCAUAUAAUCAUCCUAAACAUGAGGAAUCUUCUACUGAUCAAUCACAGAUUAUUACCCCAAAUAUAAGGCAGAAACGGGGUAAAAUGUUUAAUUGUGAGGAACGUGGAAAACAGUUCAGAUGUAAGUCAGAGCUUUCUGUACACAGAAGUCGUCACAAAGGAGAGAAGCCGUAUUCAUGUUCGGAAUGUGGGAAAUGCUUUGUCAAGAAAUCAAAUCUUAAUAAACAUAAGAUAAUUCACACAGGAGAGAAGCCAUAUUCAUGUUCAGAGUGUGGGAAAUGUUUUACCAAGAAAUCAUAUCUUGAUCGUCAUAAAAGAAGUCACACAGGAGAGACGCCGUAUUCAUGUUCAGAAUGUGGGAAAUGCUUUAUCCGAAAAUCAAGCCUUGAUCUACAUAAAAGAAUUCACACAGGAGAGAAGCCAUAUUCAUGUUCAAAGUGUGGUAAAUCUUUUACAGAUGGAUCAUCUCUGCGUGCACAUCAGAGAAUUCACACAGGAGAGAAGCCACAUUCAUGUUCAGAAUGUGGGAAAUGCUUUAACCGAAAAUCAAGCCUUGAUCAACAUAGAAGAAUUCACACAGGAGAGAAGCUAUAUUCAUGUUCAGAAUGUGGGAAAUGUUUUACAUCUAGAUCAUAUCUGCUUACACAUCAGAGAAUUCACACAGGAGAGAAGCCACAUUCAUGUUCAGAAUGUGGGAAAUGCUUUAAACAGAAAUCAAGCCUUGAUCUACAUAAAAGAAUUCACACAGGAGAGAAGCCAUAUUCAUGUUCAGAAUGUGACAAAUGUUUCACACAUAAUAAAGGUCUUACUACACAUCUCCGAAUUCACACAGGAGAGAAGCCAUAUUCAUGUUCAGAAUGUGGGAAGUGCUUUAACCAUAAAUCAAGCCUUGAUCAACAUAAAAGAAUUCACACAGGAGAGAAGCCAUAUUCAUGUUCUGAAUGUGGAAAAUGUUUCAUAGAAAAAAAAGUUCUUGCUAAACAUCUCAGAAUUCACACAGGAGAGAAGCCAUAUUCAUGUUCAGAAUGUGGGAAAUGCUUUAACCGAAAAUUAAGCCUUGAUCUACAUAAAAGAAUUCACACAGGAGAGAAGCCAUAUUCAUGUUCAGAGUGUGGUAAAUGUUUUACAGAUAGAUCAUCUCUGCGUGCACAUCAGAGAAUUCACACAGGAGAGAAGCCAUAUUCAUGUUCAGAGUGUGGUAAAUGUUUUAUAUAUAGAUCAUAUCUGCUUGCACAUCAGAGAAUUCACACAGGAGAGAAGCCACAUUCAUGUUCAGAAUGUGGGAAAUGCUUUAACUGGAAGUCAAGCCUUGAUGUACAUAAAAGAAUUCACACAGGAGAGAAGCCACAUUCAUGUUCAGAAUGUGGGAAAUGCUUUAACCGGAAAUCAAGCCUUGAUCUACAUAAAAUAAUUCACACAGGAGAGAAGCCACAUUCAUGUUCAGAAUGUGGGAAAUGCUUUAACCGGAAAUCACACCUUGAUCUACAUAAAAGAAUUCACACAGGAGAGAAGCCAUAUUCAUGUUCUGAAUGUGGGAAAUGCUUUGCCAAGAAAUUAAGUCUUGAUCGACAUAAGAGAAUCCACACAGAAGAGAAGACAUGUUGAUGUUUUGUGUAAGAAUAAUGUUUUACAAAUAAAUUAGUCUUUCAAACU